AAAAAAACCUCUACUUGGUUAGGGUUUGUGAGCGCGGUAAGAAGAGGCGGGAAGUGAAUCUUUGAGCAAGAGCCUGCGAGAAUCCACCGUCAGAAAAGUUCCUUCAGCUAAAUCUCCAAUGGCGGAUGAUGACUAUAAUGACAUGGAUAUGGGUUACGAGGAUGAGCCACAAGAGCCUGAAAUUGAAGAAGGAGCCGAGGAAGAUUUAGAAAACAAUAACAAUGAUGAUGUUCCUUUGGAACCUAUUGAAACAGAGGAAAAAGAUGACCAGGAUGCAAAAGACAAAGCUUCUCGCAAAACAUCGAAGUACAUGACCAAAUAUGAGCGUGCUAGAAUCUUAGGCACCCGCGCCCUACAAAUCAGUAUGAAUGCUCCAGUUAUGGUUGAGUUGGAGGGUGAGACUGACCCGCUCGAGAUUGCCAUGAAGGAACUUCGAGAGCGGAAGAUACCCUUCACCAUUAGGCGCUACUUGCCUGAUGGAAGUUAUGAAGAUUGGGGAGUUGAUGAGUUGAUUGUGGAAGACUCGUGGAAGAGACAAGUUGGAGGUGAUUGAUUAUCGAUCAUCCGUCGAUGGAGGAACAUGAAUGUGUCUCAAUUUCAGGUUUGGUGUGCCAUGGUAUUGUAUCUUUAUAUUUGGUCCUUAGAUGUAAAAAAGGGGAACAAGUGUUUGCAUGAUGGCUUUCAAACUUUAUAUAUCCGACUGGUUGAAAUGCCUUUUCUGCCCUUGACUUGAAACAAAACGAACCCGGUUUUAAUGGCAUUUUGAAGUCGUAUGCAAGUUAGUUCUUAUUUU